CGCUGCGGGGCCGGAGCGGGGCAGUGAGGGGCCGGAGCGGUACCGGAGAGGUACCGGGACCGCGGCGAUGAACUUCGCCGUGGGGCUGAAGCCGCUGCUGGCGGAAGCGCGAAGCAUGGAGAGCCUGGAGAAGCAGCUACUGUGCCCCAUCUGCCUGGAGAUGUUCAGCAAGCCUGUGGUCAUCCUGCCCUGCCAGCAUAACCUCUGCCGCAAGUGUGCCAACGACAUCUUCCAGGCCUCCAACCCGCUGUGGCAGUCCCGGGGUUCCGGCGCGGGGCCGUCCGGGGGCCGGUUCCGCUGCCCUACGUGUCGCCAUGAGGUCCUGCUGGACCGGCACGGUGUGUACGGGCUGCAGAGGAACCUGCUGGUGGAGAACAUCAUCGACAUCUACAAGCAGGAGUCGGCGCGCCCCCUGCACGCCAAGGCGGAGCAGCAGCUGAUGUGCAAGGAUCAUGAGGAUGAGAGGAUCAACAUCUACUGCGUCACCUGCGAGGUCCCCACCUGCUCCAUGUGCAAGGUCUUCGGUGCUCACAAGGACUGCGAAGUCGCCCCUCUGCAGAGCAUCUUCCAGGGCCAGAAGAGCGAGCUGAACAACUGCAUUUCCAUGCUAGUAGCGGGGAACGACCGCAUCCAGACCAUCAUUUCCCAGCUGGAAGAUUCCUGCCGCAGCACUGAGGAGAACGGCCGGCGGCAGAAGCAGCACGUGGGGCUGCGCUUCGACUCGCUCUGCAGCAUCCUGGAGGAGCGCAAGAAGGAGCUGCUGCAGAGCAUCGCCCGCGAGCAGGAGGGGAAGGUGCAGCGCGUGCGCGGCCUCAUCCGACAGUACGGGGACCACCUGGAGGCCUCCUCCAAGCUGGUGGAGACGGCCAUCCAGGCCAUGGAGGAACCUCAGAUGGCCGUGUACCUGCAGCACUCCAAGGAGCUCCUGAAGAAGAUCACAGACAUGUCCAAGGUGUCGAUGAGCAGCCGCCCUGAGCCCGGCUAUGAGAGCAUGGACCACUUCUCCAUCAAUGUGGACCAUGUGGCUGAGAUGCUGCGCACCAUCGACUUCCAGCCAGAAGCGCUGGGUGAGGAUGAUGGAGAUGGACCCACAGACAGCAGUGAAGGUGCAGGGGAUGAGGAGAGCCUGGAGGCACCUGAGGCUGCUGAAGAUGUGGGGCCAAGGCAGAAGCCAUUGAGCUCUCCCCAUGGUCAGCACUGAGCUGGACUCACGGCACAGCACUGACACCAGCAAACCCUACAGCCCUACGACUGCUAUGAAGCCCCACGUGGUGGGGCUGCCCCCAGCCCUCAUUAAACUGAGCGAGUGGACACUGUGA